GCUCCAAGAAGAGUGCAUUGCAUUUAUUGUACAAAACUUCUCCAAGAUUAUUCAGAGUGAAAAUUUUGCUCUUCUGUUACAGUCUCAAGCAAUGAGCAGCACAGCUGAUCUGUUGGACAAGAUUUUAAAAGCAAUUGGAGAAAACAUUACCAUUGAAAAUAGUUGUUCUCUUCUUAUGGCCCUGGAUACAUUACUGAACUCUGACAGUAUAAAGGAAAUGGGUUUUACGUGCAAGAUCCAGGCUCUGCGUGAUAAGCUGUGGAUCUUCCUGGUUCAGUCUUUCUAUGCUGUUCGUCACACAGAAAGCUGGAAACUGAUGAGCACAGAUGAGCAACAGAAAAUCCAAGCUGCUGCCUUUGACAAAGGUGAUGACCGAAGACUUAGCAAAAAGCCUGUAUUCAGUAGCUCUCAGCAAAGGAAACAAGUGUCUGACUCUGGUGUUAUAAAAGACAAAUCUUGGUGGAAAAAUAGCAAGAAAGAGUGUUGGAAUUAUCUGUCUACUACUCAAAAGAUGAAAUCUGAUGGGUUAGGAGCAUCUGGACAUUCAUCAAGUACUAAUAAAAAUAGUAUAAGUAAAACUUUGAAGCAUGAUGAUGUGAAGGAAAAGAAUGGUACAAAAAUAGCAUCUAAGAUUACAAAAGAAGUAAAAACUGGGGGAAAAAAUGUUUCUGGAAAGCCGAAACCCAUAAUAAAACCCAAAACAGAAAACAAUGAUAAUGCAAGGUGGGAAAACACGUCAGCUAGACAAGUUGUGGAAACAGCAGCAGCAGCAGUUCCAGCAACUGAACAGAAAAAUUCAUUAAAUGGAAGAGGGGUGAGAAACCAGGAAAGGCAAGUUGAAGGUGCCAGACCCAAGGUACUCACCGGAAAUGCAAAUGGGAAAGCAAAACCCUUGAGAAAAGGGACAGGGAAAGAAUCUCCAUGCCUCAGCAUUGCAGGACCCUCCAGCAGGUCUACAAGUUCAAGUAUGGAAUUCUUGACUUCCACUGAAUGCCUGGAUGGGUCAAAAGAAAAUGGAUCAAUAGGAGAAGAAAAGCCUUCUGGUCAUAAACUAUCCUCUUGUGAUUCUCUGGGACAGAUGGUGAAAAACAGUGUAAAUGGUGUCAAAACUUCCACUGUAGCAGUAAAAUCUCGACCUGUUUCAAGAGUUAUCAAUGGAACUUCCAAUAAAAAAAAUAUUCAUGAGCAAGACACUAAUAUAAAUAGCAGUGCACUGAAGAAGGUCAACAACAAAGGAUAUGGAGAGCCAGUACCACAGGCAAUUCUGAAGAAAAGGGGAAAUGGCAGUGGAUGUGUUACCGCUCAGCAGAGGACAAAGAGUGCCCCAGCUAGUCUUGCCAAAGUUCCAGGAUCCCAAGGAGAAUCACCAAAUUCAGUAAAAUCUUCAGUCUCUUCAAGGCAUUCUGAUGAAAACGUGGCAAAGUCAGACCACAAUACAACUACAGAUAAACAAGCACCUAAGAGAAAAAAUGUCAAGCAAGGACAUACAACUUUGCCUAAGGUUAAUACAAAAGUAGUGGUAGUGCCUAAAAACCUAAAUCAGUCAAAGAAAAGUGAGACUUUGAAUAAUAAAGAUUCCAAACAGAAAAUGCUUCCUGGACAGGUUGUGUUGAAAACCCAGCCUUCUUCUCAAAGACCGUUAAAAAGUGAAACAUCUAUUGUCCAAAAAAGUAUGCCUCGUGAUGUGCGUGAUAAUAAUAACAAGACCAGUGUUUCUGAACAGAAGCCUCACCAACCUCUAAUUAAUCCUGCAUCUGAAAUCAGUGGUGCAGAAGUUUUCCAAUCAACAUGCGGACCUGACCCACAAAAGCCAUUAAGCAAUCAAGAAAAAGAGAAGUUGGCGCUAGAAAGCCAAAAUAUUUCAAAACUGGAUAAAUCAUUAAAACAUGAAUUAGAAUCAAAACAGACUUUUUCAGAUAAAAGUGAAACAAAACUUUCUGAUCACAGAGAAACAGAUCACUGCAAUGCAGCUAACAUACAUUGUUAUUCUGACAGGAGUGAUCAAGUUGAUUCAAAAUUGUAUAGCACCACAGCUCUAAAAUCUGGGUUUUCAAAUCCAAAUGAAAACUCCUUGAACUCUAAUCCAAUUUGUGAUUUAGAAUCAACAAAUGCAGGGCAGAUCCAUUCAAUACCAGAUAGGGAGAGCAAAGUAGGGAAAAAAGAUACAAAUGAAAAAUCAAGUAUUAAAUGUGUGAAGGAUGUUACCCCUUGUGUUCCUGAAAGGACAAAUGGUACCUUCCAUUCUGUUCUAGAUGACAGAAAAUCUACAUUUUCUAAUCAGUUGUCUAAUGACCCUGCUAUGAAUGAAGACAGACAUGUUACAGCAGACUCAGAUAUGUCCUCCAAAUGUUUUCCGGAACAACUGUCAGGAAAAAAUUCUCCUAAAAAUAUGGAAACUUCAGAAUCUCCAGAGAGCCAUGAAGCCCCAGAAACUCCAUUGGUGGGUCACUGGAAUGUGGGUACCAGUGGUCUACAUCAGAGAGAGAGUCCAGAAUCUGACACGGGCAGCGCCACCACAUCCUCCGAUGACAUAAAACCCAGAUCUGAAGACUAUGAUGCUGGCGGGUCUCAGGAUGACGAUGGCCCAAAUGACAGGGGGAUUUCCAAAUGUGGCACUAUGCUGUGCCAUGACUUUCUCGGAAGAAGUAGCAGUGACACCAGCACUCCUGAAGAAUUGAAAAUGUAUGAUAGUAAUUUAAGAAUUGAAGUCAAAAUGAAAAAGCAAAGUAGUGGCGAUCUUUUCCAAGUCAAUUCGACAAGUGAUGAUGAGAUUCCUAGGAAGAGGCCAGAAAUGUGGCCUCGGUCUGCAAUCAUCCACCCUAGGGAAAGAGAAAAUACGGCACGAGGCAGUGUCCAAUUUUCUCAGGAAACAGACCAAGUUUCUUCUUCAGCAGAUGAAACAGAAGAUGAAAGGUCUGAAGCUGAAAACAUUGCAGAACACUGCUCCGUCUCUAACCCAGCUCCUCAGCAGUUUCAGGGAAUAGUUAACUUAGCUUUUGAAGAUGCAACUGAAAACGAAAGUCGUGAGUUUUCUGCAAACAAAAAGUUCAAAAGGUCAGUUUUGCUUUCAGUAGAUGAAUGUGAAGAACUGGGUUCUGACGAAGGGGAAGUCCAUCCUCCCUUCCAGCCGUCUGUCGAGACUUCUCCACCUUCGGAUGUUUUUGAUGGCAUUUCUCGCGGGCACCCCGGAGGGACCUGCUUUCCCAGAUUCUCACAAGAAAGUAAAGAGAGCAUUUUAGAAGGUAAACAAGGGAAAGGCAACGAUGUACGUCAAAAUGAAAGCACUCCCUGGGGUCUUAGCAGCACUGACUCUUGCAGAAAAAACAAACAGAGUGUUUCAGCCACAGAAGAAAAGAACACAGUAGAUGUCCUGUCCAAAGGAGGCAGACAGCUUCUUCCAGCAGAUAAAAAAGUAACCAGCGGAAGCAGCACGGAUCAUGACUUUCAGCAACGCAGCAAACUCUUAGAGAGUGAUGUCAGAUCUCAAGGAAGGCCAUGCCACUUGGAGCUUUAUCAGCGAGAAACCAAUUCUGACAUACCCAAGAGCAGCUCUGUGAAAUGUGGAAACUCCUCUGGGAGCCAAGUUCUGCCUCAGGAAGGUCAAGUGAAAGAGAGCCAUUCUACAGCUACUGAAAAAGCUAAUGUUGCUUUAUCUGCAGGAAACAUAGAUGAUUGUGACACACUGGCACAAACCUGCAUGUAUGACCACCGGCCUUCAAAAGCCCUCUCUCCAAUAUAUGAGAUGGAUGUAAUAGAAGCAUUUGAGCAGGAAAUGGAGUCAGAAACACACGUCACAGAUAUGGAUCUUGAUGAUGAUCACCACUUUGCAAAACAAGAUUGGACACUCCUCAAGCAGCUGCUCUCGGAACAGGAUUCAAACUUAGAUAUCACAAGUUCUGUUCCUGAAGACUUCAAUUUAGCACAGUAUCUGAUCAGUCAGACACUACUUUUAGCACGAGACAGCUCAAAACCUCAGGGUACAGCACACACUGACACUUUGAACAGAUGGAGUGAACUCACAUCUCCACCUGAUUCCUCAGCGAGCAUCACCAUGGCUAGUUUUUCCUCUGAAGAUUGUUCGCCUCAAGGGGAAUGGACAAUUCUGGAACUGGAAACUCAGCAUUAAAGUGUUCACAUUCUGAAAAAAGUUGAAACGAUGCCACCCCUUUAUUUUUUGAUGCCUAUAUUAUAUCCAAAUGAUAAUUGCAUUAACCAGAUAGAGACUGUCCUUAAUAUUGAGAGUCUUUCCAAUUUAAUGAGGUAAACAUAGUUUAUUUAUUAAUAUAAUAUCACAUGUAGAAAAAUGUUUUUCUAAAAUUUUUGAGCAUGUUUUCUAUAAUUAUUAGAAAAAUUAGAAGUCAUGUAAGGAAGCCCCUGCCUCAGAUUUCCUUUCCUAACUUAUAAUUUGUUUACUUGUUUAUUCUUUAAGAAUCUAAAAUGUGAGUGCACACAUAGAUCAUUCCCUUUCCUUUUUGCUCUGCAUAUGGUAACAUAGUAAUUUAACAAUAAAAAACUUACUGUGCUUGUGUCCGUU